AUGCCGCAUAACCAUGCUCAAUCUGCUUCCAGCGAGCCGCAGAAUGUCUCCCUCGAUGGCCCUGGGCCGGAACAGAUCACUCCAGCGCUCCUCCAAACCAGCCUGCGCCCUCAACAAGGUGCUCCAAUUCACUCGAGGGAAACAUCGGUGACAAGAGGAAGACCUCAACAAUCUAUCACAAACACAUAUGGCUCCAACUACGUGCCGUCGUCGCGGGCAGGGUCUGCGCAACCGCAGGGGACAGAAUCAGGGUUGGGCUUAAAGGGUGGCCAAGUUGUCGACACUGGCCUACAACGACGCACUUCGAACAAUUAUGGCCAUCAUCGCCAGACAUCUGUUAUUCAUGGGUUACAACAUUCUCGGAGCCCAAGCUUCAAUUCUCCCUCGGCUGCCAGCCCUCUUACUCCAGAGUCCCUGCUGAGCGCGCAGAACUAUGGAAGAUAUGCCAACCAAACCGCUCGCCGUGGUCAAUUUUCGACCACCGACGCCUCGUCAACCUUCACAAGUCCAGUAUCUCCGUUCCAAGGGCAUGCACAAGGCCAUUCGAUUGACUCCCUUAUAGAUGGGCCUUCAACUUUGCCUGAGACUGGCACGGCCCAACCGCGGCGACGGAAAGAGCAUUCUAAGACUAGGCGAGGCCAUGCAUAUCAAUCUUCGAGCGUCCACCAACAGGCGGAGCCGCGCACCCCUGGCGAAUAUGCCCUACAUCAUCUCUUCCAUGCUUUCGUGCUGCGGGCUGACCAGAGGAUCAACCACUGUUUGUCCCUGAUCGAUAGUUCGACUACGCCGGUUGAACAAGCAUGUGCGCCUGGGGUGGAUCCUGGGUUCGACCAGUUGAUAUCUUCGCUGGGCCAUAUUUCCCGCCAAGGGCCAAAACCGCUGGUGGAUAGUCUGAUGCUCUGGCGCAAGGGCAAGGGAGAUACUGCUGCAAAUCUGAAGAAACAAGUUUACCAGCAGCGACUGCAAGUUGGUGGGCCCAACUUAUCGCUGCCUGCCUCUCUACCACGCCGCCAUACGGAGCCGCUGAACACUCCAGGAGAGCCAGGCUUUCCUCAAGCCACGUGGGACAAUGUUUCUGCUGCAGAGGAUAACCUGACGCAGGAGUAUUUGCUUGCUGACCGGCGGGCAACAGUAUCUGUCUACAUACUGUGCCGAGUGUUGAUCGCAAUUUUUGAACAGAGCAACUUGGAGGCGAUAACCCCCGAUCUCGCCAACAAAUUGGAAGACAUAGUCUUCAGCCAGAUCCGAGAAGUGGAACCGGCCCAGAUUCUCACCUCGAGCAUCCGUCUGGCAAAUUGGAGGAUUUAUGGAGAGGUCUUGGGUCAUAUGAGUCGCCUGGAUUUCGUCAAUGUCACGUUUCGCUUCACUCAGCAGCUGGACAUCUGGCAGCAGGAGUUCAUUAAGAGCUCUGGGACCACUGCGGCCAGAGACAUUGAAUCUCGACUCGAGUUGCUUCUAUUGGGCAUGAGGCACCUGCACAUCGCUACGACACGCGAGUCAGCGUACCAGGUUGCCGAAUUCUUGAGGACUCUUGCUGCCUUGUUCUCAGAGGCGCACGGGCCUAGAGUCAAGCAAGCAUACUGCCAGCUGUUCCAGCGUUUGCUGACCGCCGUGGCGAGCCAACCUGAAUGCUUCCAGAGCGUUCCAAAAUGGAAGGACUUCAUCGAUGCCAUCAACUCGAGGCUGGGAAAUAUGCUGGUCAAAGUACGCCACUGGCAUAUCGGCUUUCCGGUAUCGAUUUUGCUCCUCUGUAUUUCUCCGAUAGACACCUUCUCGCAGCAAUGGUUUCCCAUGUUAGGCACCUUGGCUGCCAAGUUGAAGGAUAGAUCAACACGCGCCAUAGCACUGCAAGCCAUUUGUCAGCUUGUCUGGACGUAUCUGGCUCGUGUGACGGAGUCCUCCCAAGUCAGGCUUCGGCGACUGGAAGAAAUAAUCAAGAUUGCCAUUCCCCAGGGGAAGAAAACCCACGUUGUGUCGGAGCUGUCCGUCUCGGGACCACUGGUGCAGCUGAUCAGAAUCAUUGGCUUUGCUGCUCAAGACCUGUGUUUCCGAACGGUCAUUUUUCCACUGGUGCACUACGAUCUCUUCCAGUCCAGCCGGAAUUUGAAGAUCGAAAACAUGGAGCCUGAACGGAUGGUCAUUGGUAUUCGCGCCUUUCUUGCUAUUAUGGCAGAUCUGGAAAAGGGCAAUUCCAGCGGCCCCCCAUUCCCUGCAUUUGACAUCAACACACAGAAUCCUGAAGGACUACCAUCUUCACCUAUCAGUAUCAGAGCAAGCCUGGGCAUCGACUCACCGAUACGUACGACCUUUGAAGAAGACAGUCCCUCGUCUCUGCCUGUCAAUGCGUCUCAACUUGACGAGAGUGCGCGGCAGUACUACUUACAAUUCUGCCAGAUCCUGGGGAAGAUCACCAUCUUAUGCGACAACACAUUCGGCGGUCAAGCCACCCUGAACGAGAAGUUUUCUUCUUUAGGCUUGACACCGAAGACGCCGCUCGUGGAUGCUUUCAACCUGGCCCGCAAUCAAGACGGAACGGCGACUGACCAGAGAUACCUCUAUUAUGAACUCCUCCAUGUCGCAAUCCAAGCUCUUCCCCGAUGCUUCACCGAUCACAUUCCAUUGAGUCCGUUAAUCAACCUGUUGUGUACGGGAUCAGCCCAUGUGCAGCCAAACAUUGCAGCUUCAGCCACAAAGUCGCUGAAGGCAAUUGCCAGACAGGGGCAUGCUCAGGCUGUUGCCAUUGCGUUCCCGCGUUUCAUCUUCCAUUAUGACACCCAGUACUCUACCAUGUCAGACGAAGGGCGUCUGGGACCGGCCCACAUCGAAGCAACACUGACACUCUAUCUUGAUCUCCUCCAGAUUUGGACGGAACAGCUCAAGCAAAAGACUGUGGCAAACUCCACGGAGGCGAGAGAGCGCGGUGGCCCCAGUUCUGCCCGAGCUUUGCAAAUGGAGCUUACAAAUGUCAUCCCUCAAGUGGACGAGAUCGAAGCCUACGGCUUAUUCUUUCUUUGCUCUCAGUCUCGCCGAGUACGAUCCUAUGCCAUAAAGGUCCUCCGUCUUGUAACCCAAUUCGACAAUGUUCUAGGCAAGGAGGAGCCUUCACGAAUCAUCAAGCUGUUAGAAGAACAGUCUCACAAAAUCCUGGACUUGCAAGAAGAUUCCCUCAAUGUCGCUGAGAGGAGCCGCCUGCAGAAAGACAAGCGGGGCAAAUCCGGACAGAGCACUUUGAUCGAGAUCUGCAGUUCAGAGGUGUCGUACGACUCGACGCUCUGGUUCAAAGCAUUUCCCAACCUGAUUCGUGUGGUCUUUGAUGCAUGCCCAAACGCCAUUGCCCUAUGUAGAGGAACUGUGACUGACAGGCUGGUCCUGAUGCAACACGAUGUUGAGGGGUUCUCCGACAUUGGUUCUGGCAAUACAGCUGCCUUGGAACAUCGUAUACAAGGGCGCAGUUCUGCCACCUCUGCCGAGGUGUUUUUUGAACAGUGGAAGUUGUACCUGAUCAUGGCGUGUGUCACUCUAAGUUCGCCCGGUGCCCAGUCGCAAAGUCAAUUGGCGGACGCCGCCCAUGCUCGGAAGACAUCCAAAGGUAACACCCCGACAACAGAUAAACUCAGUUCCGCCCGCGCGUUGUUUUCUGCAAUCAUUCCUAUGCUGGGAGCAGCACCAGAUGCCAUUCGGGACGCAGUUGUGUCUGCUUUAGCCUCCAUCAACCGCAAACUCUAUCGGACUUUGCUCGAAUCUCUCCAGUAUGCGGUCAUCAAGUGUAACGAUGAAGCAAAGGCCAGAAUCAACCACCAGCGAACGCCCAGCAGCCCACAGCGGUCUCAGCAGACGGAACGGCUUCGGACAGAGGUGACGCAUGUCUAUAAGCUCACAGCUUCCUUUCUCAGACAUGAAGACAUCUAUACUGACGAAUGGAUCUUGACCAACCUCGUCACCUACACUCGUGACCUGCGUAUCUUCCUGAGCGACACCGACGUGCAAAACGAUUGGCGCUUUCAAAAGUUGAGGUACCACUUCUGCGGCCUGAUAGAAGAACUGUUCGAAGGCGUGAACAGAACCAAAAACCCUUCCCGGUGGAUGUCCUUUGAGUCACGAAAAUCGGCAUUCGCGCUAAUGGAGGACUGGUGCGGAUACAGCGCUGAACAAAACCUUUUCGAGCCUCACCAUGGCCAUGGCAGAGAUAUGGAGCGUUUGAAUGCCAGUGCUGCGACGGAGAAAGAGAAGAGCAACCUGCGAGUGGCUGCCUUGAGUGCGAUGGCUACCUUGUGCGCUGGCCCUGUCACUAUCAAGACCGACAGCAACGCGAUACUGUCGUUUAACCUACAACGGAUGCUCUCGUGGAUUGACACCAUCUUCGCCACCAACAACCACAAGAUGCACAUGAUCGGCCGACGCGCCCUCAAAUUGUUGCUGAUCAACAACCCCGAACACCUUAUUCUUGGGGAGCACGCGAUAGAGCAGUGCUACAGGACCGAUUCUCCCCUAGCGCUGGAGAGUUACUUCGGUGUCAUCUGUGAUGUCCUGAUUCAACAGCCAGAUUAUCCUCUCCCGUUCUGGAAGAUUCUCAGCAUCAUUGUCUUUAUCCUGGGGAAUGAAAACCGCGAAAUCAGGAUGAAGUCGGCCAAUUUGAUUCGCACGCUUGAUGAACGGCAGCACAAGAGUUCAAACUUGCAGGAAUUCGAUAUCAGCGUCUCCGACAAGACCAGGGCAGUCUACAAGCUGGCACAGUUCGAAUACUCCAAGCGUCUGGCUCAAGCAAACGCCGACGUUGCAUUCUUGAUUUUCUCCGAGUUUUCCCUGCAUUACAAGAACGCCCGAAAUGACCAUCAGCGUAAUAUGGUGGCUGCGAUAUUGCCUUGGUUGCAAACUCUCGAACUCCAGGUUGACCCUAUCACUGGCGGACCUACCCCCAUAUCCUACAUGAUUAUGGCCAACAUGUUUGAAAUCACCAUAUGCUCAAGUAGCGCCAUGCAUAACGAGGUGCAAGCCUUGUGGCAAGCCCUGGCGACAGGGCCGCAUGCAGGGAAUGUCCAACUGAUCUUGGAUUUCAUCAUCUACCUGUCGCUGUACCGACGUGACCAAAACUUUGUCGAAUACGCGAAGCAGAUUGUUGUGUACCUGUCCUCCACUCCUGCGGGCUCUCGAGUGCUGGAGUUCUUCAUGUUACAGUUGACUCCUAAGAACAUGGUCAACGACAAGAAGAAUGCCGAUGUCGCCGUUCCUGACACAAGACAGUUGCCUUAUGUUGCUGAUCUGGGCACUUUAUUGCCCAUGGGUAACAAACAAGUGGGCCUGUCAUUGGGUCAGGUGUCCUUGAUCUUCUUGGUGGACUUGAUGGUCACGCCAGUGACGCUUACCAGAGAAGAGACAACCAAGCUGGUGCACGCAGUACUUAUACUGUGGGACCAUUAUACAACCUCUGUACAGGAACAAGCACGGGAGAUGCUGGUUCAUCUCAUCCACGAGCUCGUGACGAACAAAAUUGAGGCCGACGUCCUGGGCCCCGUCAAGUCGCAGAUUGAAAGCCUUGUGGAAGCGGUGCGCGUAAACGAUGCCCGUGUAAGCUGGUCUUACGACAAAAACACAAGGAAGGAUGAGGAUGACGGUGGAAGCCGGGUCCCGCCAGCGAUGUCCGCGUUGACCGCCGAGAUCGUUGCUAUUUUCACCCUUGCCUUUGACAACUUCAGUGACGCUUGGGCUAAAGAGGCUCUACACUGGGCGUCUAUCUGCCCAGUGCGACAUUUAGCCUGUCGAUCUUUCCAGGUUUUCCGCUGCAUCUCCGUCAGUCUGGACGCUCGAAUGCUUGCUGAUAUGCUUGCCCGCCUAUCCAACACGAUUGCAGACGAGCACACCGACUAUCAGACCUUCUCCAUGGAAAUCUUGACCACACUCAAGGUUGUGAUUGGAGCGUUGGAACCCAAGAAUCUCAUGCGUUACCCUCAACUGUUCUGGACGACCUGCGCAUGCUUGAACACUAUUCACGAAAGAGAGUUCUACGAGACACUGGGCAUGCUAGAAAAGCUCAUUGAGAAGCUCGACCUAUCAGCACCUGACGUUACCGAAGCCAUCAUGAAAGGUCAACCCGCAAAUUGGGAAGGCGGUUUCGAAGGCGUCCAGCCGUUGCUCUACAAGGGUCUGAAGUCGGCCGAUAGCUUGGACAAAACCUUACUCAUCCUUGGAAAACUCACAGAGCUUCCGGAUUGUAAGCUGGUUGGCGAUGACGCCCGCCUGCUCUAUUGUGUAUUGGCCAACCUGCCCCGGUUCUUGAGAAGCUUCGAACUGGAUACUGGUGAUGCCAUGUCAAUUGGAUGCGCACAAAGAUUGGCUGAUCUGGCAGACCUCGAAGGCCACAGUAUGUUGUCCGCUUGUCUGCGUCGAUUUGCAGACAUGGGAUUUGCAACGAGUCAGGAGAUGCUCCGGAAUGUCGUCGAGGCCUUGAAGCUGGCUUAUUUCCCCAGCUACGAUGCACAAAGCUUGAUAUUCGUCAUGGGCCUAUUGACGAACAAAAUCCCAUGGUUCAGGGAGAAAUUGAUGGACAUGCUGUGCAUGUUGAUUCCUUUGGUGAACAUGAAAAGCCCAGCCAUUACCACACACGGACCAGACCUCAUUUCACCACUCCUGCGACUGCUGCAGACCGAGCAUUGCACUCAAGCUCUCGAGGUGCUGGAUUACAUCAUGGAAGUUGCAACAACGCCCAUGGAAAAGCACCAUAUGCGAAUGAGUAUGGCCUCAGGCCAGGCUAAGGCCAUCCGGAAAGAAUAUGAACGCACACAGAGCCUGUUCGGGAUACCGCUCGCUUCGGGUUGGUCGAUACCCAUGCCCGCAAUUUACUCAAGCAUGACAAGACGCAAUGUACAUGCCGUAUUCUAUACAUGUGGGGAGUCGGAUGCGAUCAAAAAUCAAGAGACAGCGACUCCUGAAGUUGAGUUCCAAGGGGAUGAUGGUUAUACCGAUUCGUAUCUCCCACCGCAGAGCAGAGCCGAGACUAUUCGUUCCAUGGAAGCUGCCGCAGACACCAACGUCAGUGACUUGGUGAAUACACUGGACAGUUUGGAUGAUUUCUUUGACGACCUGGAUGGAGACAAUGUUCUCACACCGACAGGUACCAACGAUCUCGGGCUGUCGCCCAUGGUGCUUCCUCCUCUUGCAGAGCAGAGCACCACCCUUUACGACGAACAGACUGCACCUAUUCUCCGCCAGAGUCUCGCGCGUGCCUCAUCGCUGGCCAAUAUGCAAGACGGGCUUUCUGAGACAGGAGCCUUGCAGGGCAUGAUCCCUCGGACUAUGCUGCCUGGUUUCACUUCGCCCAAUUCCAGCUCGACGGCACAAUCAUCUUUCUCGUCGAUCGAUGAGCUUGGCGGACCGGGGCCCUCAUUACCUAGCUCGACGAAAAACACGUUCGGGCAAUCUACACUGAGUCCGGUCAAUCACCAGAGACCUGGAUUGCAUGCCAGGUCUAUCACGUCGCCAGCAAACCAAUUUCCAGCGUCUCAGCCUAGCCUCAAUGCGUUCGCGCCCAUGCCUCAAGGAAGCUCCUUCAGGGCGCAUGACGAAUUUGCGGAUCAUUACGACGAGGCGGUGCUUUCGGACAGCGAAAACAGCCCAUUUCCCUCUUUGAACGUUGCCGCACCAGGUCAUAACAAGGUCAUGUCAGGUCCAGGACCAGAAUAUCAGAGCCAUGCAAACCCAAACACAGAGGGCGGAGGAGCUUUCAGCCUGCAAGGCAUGCGACGAGGAAUGCGUCGUCUUACUGGCGGCAAGAGUGAAAGCCAGAAAGAAAAAGAUAGGACCAAGGAUGCAUCAAGGCGACGCCAAUCUGGCGGGAACAAUCCGUUACCCGGCGCGAUCCUGAGCCCUAAAGUGCCCAAAGUACCGGUCGAGUAUCUCAACGCGAGCACCUUCAUUGGAGUCAGUCCAACGACUAGUCCAGGAUUGUGA